AUGGCCGCCGGAGCUGCUGUACCUGGUCUCUUCUUCACCUUCGCCGCGAUGGUGCUCCUCGUCUUCGCGUCGGUCUCUUCGCCGACAUGGGACACCAUCUACUACCUCAGGGCGAACGGUGUCCACUACGGAACCUUCGGUUUCACUGGCUCACAAUCCAUGAUUGGCUACGACUUCCAGGGUGUCAACUCUUCGCGUCUGAGCGAAAGCAUCAUUCACAACCUGACCGAUACCCUCAUCCUCGUACCCAUCGCAGCAGGUCUCUCCGGCCUUGCGUUCUUGUUCGGUGUAUGCGGCGCAGGCUACCACCGCGCAGGCACCGUCUUCAUGGCGCUCUUCUCCGCACUCGCCAUGUUGACCACCGUCGUCGCAUGGGUGCUCGCCAUGGUGCUCUUCAGCAUCGCCAAGCACGAAUACCGCAAGGAGGGCCUCUCUGCUGACUACGGCAACGCCCUCUGGCUCGUUCUCGGUGCCAUGGUCGCGCUCUUCGUUGGCUUCUGCACGUCGGCGUGCGGUGUCUUCGGCUCGUACCGCCGCCGCAACGCGUACUAA